AUAGCACUUCUCUGUUAUCGGGAACAGCUGUUGACGAGCAACGUAGACAAAGUAAAUAUUAUUAAACAAUUGGCUAGCAAAUAAAGCAAAAAGUAACAAUUUAAAGCCCAGAAAAAACACGCAAAUCAGCUGCAUUAAGAUCUGAUUAAACAAGUUCAGAAGUAACUAGUUCCGAACGCGUUGUUUUUGUUGUGAUUUAGCAGUCGGCGCAUUUGUGGCUCAAUUCCAAUAAUUUCCUUGUUCUCCCAAUAACCAAAUACCAUAUAAAUAGGCCCGACUUGACAAACCUGCUGCAUUCACUGUAAGAAAGUGCUAAGGCGUGCAGCUGACUAAUCGCAGAUAUAUAGUAUAAUCCACAUAUAUUGGUAUCAUAUAAAUCGAUUGUAAAAUGUCGCAGCAACCUGUUGCCUUCCUGACUCGACGCGAAACUUUCAGCGCCUGUCAUCGUCUUCAUAGUCCCCAAUUGAGCGAUGCCGAGAACCUGGAAGUCUUCGGAAAGUGCAAUAAUUUCCACGGCCACGGACACAACUAUACAGUGGAGAUUACCGUUCGUGGUCCCAUCGAUCGGCGAACUGGAAUGGUGCUUAACAUCACGGAGCUAAAGGAGGCUAUUGAGACGGUGAUUAUGAAGCGUCUGGAUCACAAAAAUCUUGACAAGGAUGUCGAAUACUUUGCCGAUACACCCAGUACCACAGAAAAUUUGGCCGUCUACAUUUGGGAUAACAUCCGUCUGCAGCUGAAGAAACCCGAACUGCUGUACGAGGUGAAGAUCCAUGAGACACCCAAGAAUAUUAUAACCUACCGCGGUCCGUAUCUGCUCAAUGGAAUAUAUAAUCCCAUUAACAAACGCAUCGCUCUCGAUUCCUGCACCAAUAUAUCAUCGGAUUCGGAUUAGA